CUGAAGCUGACUCACUAUUAUUUUGGAUCAGGACAGGACGGAGGAGGAAUUAAUUCCCAAAAUAAUUAAGAAACUUUUAAACAUGCAAAUAGUUUAAUUAAAACACUUGAGAGCAUUUAUUUCAUCACUUUCAAUGGCCGAAAGGCCAAUCCUGGUAAAGGCAACCCACGCCUAUGCACCAGUCAACAAUGACGAGCUACGUCUUGAAAAGGGAGAAAUUCUGACGGUGACGAGGAAAGAGGACGGUGGUUGGUGGGAAGGGACAUUAUCAAAUGGAAAAACGGGCUGGUUCCCAUCUAAUUAUGUCGAAAAUAUUGUCCUCAUCAUGUCGUCAAGUUCGUCGACGAGUCCUCUCUCAUCUCUCAGUGCUGUCGGUCCAAUGGACAACAACCCCCAACAUCACCAACAGCAGGAUGUCGCAACAACGACUUUGCCAAGUAGUCCGCAGGGGUCGAUAGGAGCUGGACUCAACGUUAGUAUUUCUAAUGGGACCAACGGUGAACCUUCAACUGCCUUUGCUGCCCAACAGGCAGAAUACCGACAAAUUGCCUUCAAGGAGCUCAUUGAAUCUGAAAUGGGUCAUGUCCAAGAGUUACAAACUUUUUGGGAAGUUUAUUUAGCACCGUUGCAAAAAUCUGAAAUUUUAAAACCUGGAGAAUUUAAAACUAUUGUUGGAAAUAUCUUGGAAGUCACCAAUAUGCAUCUAAAUCUUAUUCUUAAUCCUCUGAGAAGUGAACAGAACAAGGCAGCUAAGGACCAAAGGAUUGGAAAUAUAUUUUUGGAAAAUGCAACAAAGUUUGAAGAAAUUCAUAAAGCAUGGGGUUCCAAUCAUCCAAGAGCGGUGCAAACUGUAGAGAAAUAUAAGGAACAGCUUUCUAUAUUUAUUGAAAGCAAAGGAGGGCGAAAGCCUGGCAUUUUGUAUAUCAUAACAUUACUCAGCCAACCGUUUCGAAGGCUGGAAAAAUAUCCAAUGUUACUGCAAGAGAUUGAAAGACACGUUGAAGAAUUUCACAAAGACAGGGGAGAUUUGCAAAGGUCAAUCGAGUACUACAAAGACGUCCAGAAAACCUGCAGUGCCUUAAGGAAGCAAAAAGAGAUGGAAUUGGAAGUCCUGAGUGGAUCAGGUAUAAAAGACUGGGAGGGAUCUGAUGUUUCUCAACUUGGUGACAUUAUUUUCAUGAAUCUGGUGCAUCUUGGCAACGAACGCCACCCUCGGUAUUUAGUAUUGUUUCCAAACACUUUACUCAUAUUGAGCUACAGCACUGAAACUAACUCCCUGGUGUAUGAGGGAAAAGUCCCAGUAAGUGGAAUAACAUUGAGACCACUUGCGGAUAAAGAUGCCCUUGUUAAUGCAUUCGAAAUUGCAGGUCCCAUGAUUGAUCAAAUUACCGUUGGUUGCGCUAGCAAAGCAAUCCGAGAAACAUGGCUCGCCCACUUGAACAGUAUUUUAAAGACAAACCGUUUUCCUUCAUUCAGCUCAUCCCCACAACAGUCGUUUGGUCACCUAACACCGCCUGUAAGCCAAGCAUGGACAAUUGACCGUUUAAGGCCGAGCCCGCCAUUUAACCCCUUCCUAGCCGAGUAUUUGAAUAGCGUGAAAAAACAAAACAACUCUGCAAGUACAACAAGUUUAAACGCCAACAGCCCUAAAAUCACCAGCUUAAACAAUGUCAGGAGUCAAAGUGCAGGGGGAGGCGUUCCAUCAAUCAUGUCGUUUAGCAGCAACUAUAAUAAUGCUGCCCCCACGGUCACAAAUGAAGAAGAGUUUGCUAUUUUGGCCCUUGUGGACUCUUUUUGUACGACCAAUCGCCAUACUGUAACCAGCACGCAUUCAGACGUUACUAAAUCGGGUGUUAUUCCACCUCCAAUCUCCAGCAAUGUAUCGAAUAAAUCCACACUACCUCAAGAACCUCGGACGUUAGUACAACUUUUACUAAAUUUACGAGACGAUGUCUCGAGCCUUAAAAAGUCAUUGGACGAAGAACAAAGAAAACGAAUUGCCUUGCAAGCUAUGAUUCAGAAAAACCUUAAUAAUAAUAAUAUUAAUAAUACUCCGGAUGUUUUAUUCUAGGCUCAUACAUAAAUUGUUACUUUUAAUAUUGAUUAUGUGUAAGGGAAAAAUGGAGUAAUCAUAAUCAUGCAAGUGAGCGCAUAGCUUGUGUCGAUGCCGCUUCCUCUGAUAUUACAACCUCGUGUAUUUAAUAUCUAAUCAGUAACAAGUUAAUACUAAAUGUCCGGCAAAUACUGAUUAGGAUGUUAGGAUAUGACUAUGCUGAAUGAUAACUAAUCCAUUAUCGUGGAUAUAUUUACUUAGCAUUUCAUGCUCAAGUUGUGAGCAAUAUUCGUAUACGGGUAACUAUACUCAUCUUAUUUUAAAUUAGUUUUAAUAACCGGUGAGUUUGACCAGCAUCACUGGAUUGAACUCAUUUAAUUAAUUUUACUUUGACUGUAAUUCGAAUUCAAUAAUAAUAUUUAUUAAUUCUUUUGAUAAUGGAAAA